AUGGGAAACCUCUGCUCGAAAUCCUCCAACGAGCCCGACGCCUUCGCCCGACCGGGUCGCGUCCUCGGCGCCGGCGCCAACACCGACUCGACCACCGCCGCCCCCGCCGGCCCCUCCGGCCCCCGCGCCCCGCUCCCCAAAUCCACCUCGCACACAAACUGGGGCUCCGGGUCGGGGGGAAGGACAGUCGGCGGAGGAGGAGGAGGGGCAGCGGGGGCUGGGUCUGGCUCCGGCGGCGCGAAGACCUCCUCGACACCGGGUGCUGGCACCGCGGACGCGCGGGCCAAUGCUGCGUUGGCGGCGCAGAGACGCGCCGAGUCGGCGAAUCACUCGGCCAACAAGGGGAAAUUGGGGUCCAAGCUGGCCGCCCAGAAGACGCAGACCCAGGCGCAGACGCUGAGUGAGGCGAGUCGGGCGGAGGUGGCGGCGCGUGAUGCGGAUGGGGCGGCUGAGGCACGGCGGUGGCAGUGAGCUUUGAUCGAGGGAGGGUUAGGUGUGGGUGUGUACAUACUGUGGAUGGUUAUGGUGGGUGGGUUGUUUUUGGGCCGCGUGCUGUUGGCUUACGCUAAGCAGCUGUUGGUUUGGAUUUGUCUCUUCAUAUGUGCGGUGAUAUAUGGAUUUCCGUAUAAGAAUGGCGCAUGGCGCAUGGCGCAAGGUGAAUACCCUAGCAGGCUACUUUUACUACAAUGCAGACAU